AUGGCUGACCGAGCCUCUUCUUCCGCCUCGUCCAGGCAUCCCAAGCAUGGGGGCGAUUCCGUCGGCCAGUUCGUCAUCGACCAAGAGAUCGGGAAAGGAAGUUUCGCCCAGGUCUAUUCUGGGAGGCACAAGGUCACCGGCGCUCUCGUGGCCAUAAAAUCCGUCGAACUGGCAAGGCUCAACAAGAAACUGAAGGAAAACCUCUAUGGGGAGAUCAAGAUUCUCAAGACUCUUCGGCAUCCUCACAUUGUCGCCCUCCAUGACUGCGUCGAAUCCGCCACGCAUAUCAACUUGAUUAUGGAGUACUGCGAGCUUGGUGACCUCUCGUUGUUCAUCAAGAAGAGGGAGAAGCUGAUCACAAACCCGGCCACCCAUGACAUUGCCCGCAAGUACCCGAAUGCCCCGAACUCGGGCUUGAACGAAGUCGUGAUCCGCCACUUUCUCAAACAGCUUGCCAGUGCCCUCAAGUUUCUGAGAGAAGGCAACUUUGUUCACCGAGAUGUCAAGCCGCAGAACCUCCUCCUCCUUCCUUCCCCCCAGUUCCGAGAUGCCCACAAGACGACCAAGCAGAUCUUGAGCGCCAGCCAUCAUUCACUCGUCCCUGUCGCUGGACUGGCUUCUUUGCCGAUGCUAAAGCUUGCAGACUUCGGCUUUGCCCGUGUCCUUCCCUCAACAUCCCUCGCCGAAACUCUCUGCGGCUCGCCGCUGUACAUGGCUCCCGAGAUUCUUCGAUACGAACGGUAUGACGCUAAGGCAGACUUGUGGUCCGUGGGGACAGUGCUCUAUGAGAUGGUCACUGGGCGGCCGCCGUUCAGGGCCGGGAAUCACGUUGAGCUUCUUAGAAAAAUCGAGGCUGCCGAGGACCAGAUCAGGUUCCCCCGGGAGAGCAUCGUUAGUUCCGAGAUGAAGUCUCUGAUUCGCGCGUUACUCAAGCGCAACCCGGUUGAGCGUCUAAGUUUCGAUAAUUUCUUUGCGCAUCCCGUUGUUACAAGUGCAAUACCUGGGCUGGUCGAGGACGAUAUCCCGAAAGAGGAACGCCCAACUCCCAAGGACGCAAGGGCGGCGACGAAGCCGGAGGAUCCAGCUGUGCCUCUUCGGAGAACGUCCUUCCGAAGACUAACCCCGGACCAGGACGGGGGACGUGAAGCUGUUCCUCCAUCACCUAAACCCAGGCGAUCAUCGCCCCUUGCCACUCCGGUCGAGGCGAAGCCGAACCCCCUAGAGCAGGCCCCCCAGUCGGGUAUGAGCUAUUCUCCCGGUCGUGAAGGCUUGGGUAUCCGGCCCCGUCCACAGCCGCCCGUACCAGCACCGACGCGGCCAGGGUACAUCGCCGAGCGAAGGCAUAAGGCCUCGAACGCAUCUCUCAAGCAGCCCACCCGCGAGUAUCGACCUGACGACGUGGACGAGUACGCCAGGGGUCGACCGAAACCCCAGGCGGAUGCGGCUGCAGCUCAAGCGCAGGCAGAGCAGGAGGUCGCCUUUGAGCGUGACUACGUUCUCGUCGAGAAGCGACAUGUCGAGGUCAAUGCGUUUGCAGAUGAAAUGGCGGCCAACCGACAACUAACAGAACAGCGGCCAUCAUCAUCUGCGAAAUCAAAACAGAUUGUCCGGCGAGCAACCCAGCAAGGCAGCCCUACCUCGACUACCGGUGCCGUCCCGGCCAUUCCAUCGCGUAACACCCAGGUUGCUCAAGGCAAGGCCGACCACUACCGACAUGCCUCGUACGACAAGAACGUAUCAGGCAGUCCGGGCUCGGCGACCUCGUAUAUUAGCAAGGCCAUACAGGAUGCAAGCUUGCGCCUGUUUGGGUUCAAGUAUUCUCCACACGUCCUUGGGAAGGGGCCCUCGCCGCCACAGCUCUACAGCCCGUUCCCAGCGUAUCCGACACCGUCCGCCCCUGUCGGCCUCAUCGGCGAUGGAAAGCAGAGCGCCCCGGUCGAUGAGGACUCUCGGGUUGCCCAGUGCAUCGAGGAAUAUGCGACGCGUAGCGAUGUCGUGUAUGGCUUCGCUGAGGUCAAGUACAAGCAACUUGUGCCUCUGGCUCCUUCAAUGGACCAUGGUCUCGGCGGCAUUCCUGCCGACAGGAUGGCCUCAGAUGACGACCUCGGGCUGACGGUGGAGGCUAUUCUUGCCUUGUCAGAGGAAGCACUAGUGCUGUAUGUCAAGGCACUGUCACUCCUGGCGAAGUCGAUGGAUAUCGCCAGCCUGUGGUGGUCUCGCAAGAGCCGGACAGAGCACAGCAACGGCGGGCUGCUUUCUUCCUCGGCACGCGAAUCCUCCAACGGCCAGACCCUACCCCUGAGGGUCAACUCGGCCGUCCAGUGGAUCAGAUGCCGCUUCAAUGAGGUUCUGGAGAAGGCCGAGAUUGUCAGGUUGAAGUUGGUCGAGGCACAAAAGCAGCUGCCCGAAGACCACCCCAGCCACCCCAGCAAUCAUUAUAUCGAGGCGAAUUCGGCCGGCAGUGCCAGCGCGGAGGGCGUCUUCCUGUCGGCGGGCAUUAGCGCCGAGAAGCUAAUGUAUGAUCGUGCCCUGGAGAUGAGUCGGGCAGCCGCUAUCAAUGAAAUUGCAAACGAGGAUCUCCCCGGUUGCGAGAUCUCUUACGUUACAGCCAUCAGGAUGUUGGAAGCCGUCUUGGACAACGACGAUGAUAUUUCCAAGCGACGUACCUCGGGUGCGGGCAGGGGCGAUAGGGCUGCCCCGAAGGACGAAAACCCCGGCGAGAUGAAUUCAGAUGAUCAGCAGGCUGUCCAGAAAGUCAUCCAAAUGGUAACCGGAAGACUCGGGACGGUUCGAAAGAAGCUGCACAUGAUCGCAACAGCCUCUAAGGCGCAACAGCAUCAACAGCAACAAUACUUGGUCCAGCGACGCAGUGGAGACCUCACAGCACGCAGCGUACCAUCUCAUUCCUCCUGA